AUGAAGAUCGAUCCCGCCAGAGCAAAGGCGCUCGUUUCGCAGCUGCAGGCUGUGCAAGAGCGCGUCACUGCCGUUGCAGCGGGCCGCAAUGUCCGCUUGGUGGCCGUAUCCAAGUUGAAGCCGGCAAACGACGUCCUCGCGCUUCACCAGGCCGCGCCACCGCAGCUUCACUUCGGAGAGAACUACGCGCAGGAGUUGGGGCAGAAGGCGGAGCUUUUGCCGAGGAGUAUCCAGUGGCACUUCAUCGGCGGCUUGCAGUCUACCCACGCCAAGAAGCUCGCCAAGAUCCCAAACCUCUUCUGCGUGUCAUCCGUCGACACCCUCAAGAAGGCCCAGCUCCUCAACACCUCCCGUGCAGAGCUCAUCGCCUCCAGCCCGGACGCCGCGCCCCUCGGCAUCCACGUCCAGGUUAACACCUCGGGUGAGGAGUCCAAGUCCGGCGCGUCCCCCGGCGAGGAGACGGUCGCUCUCUGCCGCGCUGUCGAGAACGACUGUCCGUCGCUGAGACUCUUGGGCCUGAUGACGAUCGGCGCCAUCGCGCGGAGCAAGGCGACGACGCUCGAGAACGAGAACGAGGAUUUUCUGUGUUUGAGGGAGCAGAGGGAUCUGGUUACCAAGGAGCUGGGGCUUGAGAGGGAGCUGGAGCUGAGCAUGGGUAUGAGUGAGGACUUUGAGGGAGCCAUUCGACUGGGGAGCGGGGAGGUCAGAGUUGGAAGCACGAUUUUUGGAGAGAGGGGGCCAAAGAGUGACGCCAAGGUGGUGGUUUAG